AUGAGAAGCGAAGUUAGUAUUAAUAAAUCGAAUAAAUUGUUAAGGUCAAACUAUUCAAGCGUCAAAACUAAUGUAAGCACAAGGUCUCUUGACGCACAAUUAAAAAGACAGAAAGCUGAACUAGCCUUAGAUCAACUUUGCAAACGGCAAAAUCUCGAAAAGGAAGUUGAACAAUACAUGUUAGAGCUAAGGCAGAUAGUAGAACUGCGUAACUUAGAAGACAAUGUUGAAGUUGCUAAGCUUGAGGACCAGUUCGCUGUUGAAUAUGAUCAGAAUAUGUUUGACGAUAAUGAAUUAACAAAAAACAAUACACCUUUUGAAUUUGAAUAUUGUUAUGCAUCGCUGUGUAAAGGACUUUUAUAG